CAUCUAUCCCACGGCACCUUCGCUCUACAAACCGCCGAUCACUCAACCUUCACCAUCAUGAAGCUCCCUAUUCUCUACCUGGCGUCUCUUGCGCCCUUAGUCGCCGCCCACUUCGAGCUCAAGUAUCCUACCAGCCGUGAUGGAUCUGAAGAGCAGAUGACCCAAUUCCCCUGCGGCGGAGCUGCCCAGUCCAGCAAUCGUACGCAGGUCUCGAUCUCCGCCGGUUCUUUCCCCGUCGCAUUGUCCAUGGGUCACUCCCAGACUGCUGUCGAGGUUCUCCUGGCGCUGGGUUCCGACCCCGGAACCAACUACAACAUUACCCUUCAUCAGACCUUUGAAAUCCAGGGAUUGGGUGCUUUCUGUCUUCCGCACAUCAAGUUCGAUGAAUCCAUCCUUGGCACCAACAUCACCGAUGGAAUGAAUGCAACUGUCCAGGUCCAGAGCAAUGGUGAUCCUACCGGAGGUCUCUACGCUUGCGCCGACAUUCAGUUUUCCUCCACCGUCUCCUACGAAGAACCGUCCUCCUGCUCGAACAACACUGGUGUGACUGCUGUGGCUUUUACUGGAGCUGCGGCCGAGCGCAACGCCAAUGAAUCUACUGCCUCUGGAGAAGCGCAGAGCAGCUCCUCUUCUAGCACCUCUUCGAGCAGCUCAAGCACAUCUACCUCCACUGGCGGUGCUGUUGCUUUGGAGACAGCUGCGUGGGGUAUGCUGGGCGCUGCGGUUGUCGGUGGAAUGGCUCUGUUGUAAGAGUAUACCAAUGCACAACUGCCUAUGUUGCAUUAGGCGCCUUGGUACACCAGAGGAUAACUUUGGCUCGCACUCGCUUUGCCUUCUCAUGAUUAUUCUUCUAGGGCUCAGGGUCUACCCGAAUAACAUUGUUCAUUCGGACUUCUGGAAUUUCCCUCACCGACAAUCCAAUGUCUAUUACAUCCUGUGGUGACACAUCCUUGGUAUGUGCUCAGGCUCAUCAUUCAUGUAUAGAAAGUUGGAGCCAUGUUUCGUGGUCACUAGUACUUCUCAACCCGCCCUUGGCUAUACAUUCUCGGAUUCCAAACUCAUCUUGUUGCGGAUGGAAGUGCAGCAUGCGUUUUAUGAUUCAUGAAUACCCAUUGUAAUUAGCGAGAAUCAAUCAAAAGC